AAUGGGAAAUAAUCAUGAAAAAUUCUUCUCUAAAGAAAAGCGUAAACUAUUAGUUUUGGGACUUAAUGGAGUUGGAAAGUCAAGUAAAGAUAAAUUUUUCAUAUAGCUCUUAUAAAAACACUUAAUCAAGGAAAUUAUCAAGAUAAGAAGGAAGAUUUAUAAAUUGUUGACAUUAAAUUAAAAAACAUUACACUAUGUGUUUUUGAUAUGGGAGGAAGUGAAAGAUAGAGAAUAUUUUGGAGACAAAACUUUUAUGGAAGUCAAGGAGUAAUUUAUGUUAUUGAUGGCAACAUUGAUAUCUAAAAGGCAUUAUUGGAAUUAGAAAAAAUAAUAAUUGACUCAGACCUUAAAGAUGUAAAAACCUUAUAUUUCUAUAAUUAAGACUCCAAUUGCAGUAUUUGUGAACCAAAAUGGAAAAGACAAUCCUUUUGAUAAGACAGAAGAAUUUUUAAAGUAUAUUUAUUUUAUUUUCCUUUAAAUAGAAAUAAGACAAGAAAAGUAUCUGUUUUCAAAGGUAGUACAUUAGAAUAUAAGGACAUUAUGAAUUGCAUAGAGUGGCUUGGCAAAGAAAUGAAACCUAUUUGAA